AAACAUGUCUGUCCGCGGCUCUGUGCUGCUGCUUUGAGCGUCUGCUGCUCUCUCCUGCGCCAAAGAGGAAUGAUUAUCCACUAUCGACUGAUUAAUAUUAAAUAAAGGCCUGCGUAUCGACUGCAGCUAAAUCCUCGUAUGAAGACUCGACGUUAUCCGGGGUGAGCUGGUGUGCAAAUGAAUCGGUCCAGAGCUCUCCGUCUCCUCAAGGUGUACGAUGUUUUGUGAUGGACUGGAGGAGGAGGACAGUGAGCUCAACCCUGUGUUCAUGAGCAGUCCAAACAGCGACUCCCACUCAUGCCAUAGAUGUCUUUCCAUUCUCUUAGCUCACUGAGCUAACUUUAUUUCUCCUCGUCACCCCUGUUAUCCUUCCACUCUCUCAUGCCUGUGGCUCUGCCCUCACUCCAUCUCUCUUCUUUCGCCUCCCCCUUUGACUGUCCCAUCCUGCGGAUGUCAUGAUGGUUUGCUGCGGUCGAGCGCUGGACUCCCCCUGCACUCUGGCUCUGUUGGUGGGCUUCCAGUUCGCGUUCGUCCUCUACUUCUCAUUGGGAGGCUUCCGUGGCCUGGUGUCUGUUUUGGUUCACUCCACGGAGCCUGAGAUCGACUACUCUCGGCCUCAUGACGUUUACACCAACCUUACCUCUCUACUGCUCCACCAUCCUGGUCCCAGUGGAGCAGAACAGCAGCUCAGGGACUGUUCACUGCCCUCGCCACUGCUGGUGGGUCCCGUUUCUGUCCACCUCUCGUCACCCCCGUCCCUGGAGGAGAUCAAAGAGAAGAACCCGCUGGUGACCUUAGGGGGACAUUACCGCCCGCCAGACUGUGAGCCACAGCACCACACCGCCAUCGUGGUGCCUUACCGAAACCGGCAGAGCCACCUCCGCACCCUCCUCUACCAUCUGCACCCCUUCCUGCAGCGCCAGCAGCUCCACUAUGCCAUUUACAUCGUCCAUCAGUCAGGGAACUCCACUUUUAACCGAGCGAAGCUGCUGAAUGUUGGAGUGCGUGAGGUGCUGAAGGAGGAGGACUGGAGCUGUAUUUUCCUGCAUGAUGUCGACCUGCUGCCUGAGAACGACCACAAUACCUACACCUGCCAUCCCCAGAACCCCACACACCUCUCUGUGGCCAUGGACAAGUUCAGAUACAGGCUCCCAUACUCCCAAUAUUUCGGAGGGGUUUCUGCUGUAACCCCGCAGCAGUACCUCAAAAUGAACGGCUUUCCGAACCAGUACUGGGGCUGGGGAGGCGAGGACGACGACAUCGCUGCUCGAGUCCGUCUCUCGGGGAUGAAGAUAAUGCGUCCUCCUUUGGCCAUUGGUCAUUAUAAGAUGAUCAAACAUAAAGGCGAUCAGGGUAAUGAGCAGAACCCCAGAAGGUUUGACUUGCUGAAGCGCACAAGGCUGAACUGGCGCUCGGAUGGCCUCAACUCUCUAACUUAUGAGCUCCUGUCCAAAAAGCUGGAGCCACUCUACACCAAUCUGUCAGUCAACAUCGGAGAUGAUCCACACCAUCCACCUAGGAAGACUCCACCUCGGAAGGCGGAUCCUCCACUCACAUCAACCAAUAAGACGAAAACAGAAAAGGUGGGCGUGGUCAUUGCUAAUGCCACAAAAAUAGAGCCCACCCACUUGAAAGCCAGUAAUGACAGUUCAAAUACUGUUCAAAAAGCUUCUUUGAAGCAAGCAGGAUGAUAUUGAUAAGUUUCCACAGUGUGAGUUGAUGGGAAAGCUGUUUUAUAUCGUAAAGCAUUGCUAAGAGGCAAUUGAGUCCAUUCCACUGAACGCUGACUGAAACUGUUCAGCCGCUUCUGAAUGUUGUUAAGCUGCUGAUAUGGUGACAUUUGCACAAGUCUCAAAUCAUUUGCUGAAGAUCUGGUUUUGCUGUGGGAGUCGUAUCAGAGUUGUAAACACUCUGGAAAGUGACCUGUGCAAGUCCUGUGUGUUUUGGAGCCGACCUGCUGCCAGCUGCUGCUCUUCACCCCACUGUGUGGGUCUGUUUUUCUGUGCCUUUUCUUGCCCUUGAACCAGUCUCUUAUCAACAUGCCAUGACUCAGUCGAAAUGUUAUUACUGCACACCACUGUUAUUAAUACUAGAGUCGAAUGCUCAUUCCACGUUUAUCUAUUUUUCUCUUCUUUUAAUAUCGAAUCGGCACAUACUGCUUUGUGAUCUAGUGCUUGAGCAGACGUGCAUCACUGUGGUCUAUUUUUAGAGUUACUGUACAAUCUUAGAAAGGUGUGAUCUUUGAUAGUGAGCACUGGUUUAUUUUCUCUUCUAACAGCUAAGAUACCUAUUAAUAGUUUGAUGCAGUGUAAAAGAGUUUAUUUUAAGGUAUUGUGUGGUGCCUUUGUUGGGUUGCAUUUUGGUUGUAGACAAUCAUCGGGAAAUGCAUAUAGAAUGGAAAAGUAUUUAUUUAUAAUCGUUAUAUAAAUAACUAUAUUAUUUGAGUUCAUGAAUAUGCUUCUUUUAAUGGGAUAGUUCAAACUUAAGUAAAACUGAGGAUAUAUUAUUAAAUUUACCCUCAGGUCUGACAAGAUGUUGCUGAAUUUUUUUUUUUCUUCAGGAGAACAUUAAAUAUUUUUAGCUAAAGCUAUGGUCCUUUUUGAUUCAUAUUAGGGCUGCACAAUAUAUAAUUUCAUUCGCAAUAGUCACAAAGCAAAGAUAUGCAAUGUCCAGUCUGAAGUAUAGUAAACCAGGGGCCACAGAAUUGUAUUUAUCACUGUAUUUGUGGAAUUUAUGUGAUUUAUGCAAAAAAAAAAAAGUUACUUAACAUUUUUGUCUUGUUCCUAGUCCUAAUAUCUACAUUUCAAAGUAAAAACAACUGGCAGAAAAUUUCCUUAAAACAACCAAAAAAAUAAAUAAAAUAAAACUCUUAAUUUUCACCAAUUUUUUCUGACGUUGUAAACUAAAUAUUUUGACGUUGUAAACUGUAAAUAUUUUUACUUGGUCUAAGAUUUUUUUAUUUUACGACCAUAAAUGAGACAGAAAGUAAGAAAAGCAUUUUCUUUGCAUUGUGAUUAUUCAAUUUCUCUACCUGAAUACUGUUAUACUCCCCAGAAAACCAUCAAAUGCUGCUAUUCAAUCUUCUGCAACUGUAUUCACCGCAAUAAUUAUCGUAGAAAAAUAAAAUAUCACAAUUUUAGAUUUUUACAAUAUUGAGCAGCUCUAAGCCAUAUAAUGAAUGUCAGUGGGAGCAAUUUGAGUAUAAAAAAAACUAUACCGUCAGACCAAAACUACCCAUGGCUCCUGAAUUAAACAGUUCUGUUUAACAAAUCCAAAAUUUCACUAAAGGCCCGUUCACGCCAAGCAUGAUAGUAUAACAAAUAUAUUUGUGUUUACGCUGACAAAUAAUAGCAAUCUGUUAAUUUUUAGUUUAUGCUUUUUUAUUUUUACAUUACUCAUUGUAACCAGCAGAUGUCCUCUAGCGCAUGUGACCAUUGAAACCAGCUCGUGUAAUCAAAUAGUAUCUUUUAGCAAUCGUUUAGUGUAAUAAAAACAGCAGAAAUUACUUUCCCUUGCAUUUUUAAAGGAAGCACCACAAAAGCCUGUUUCACGCCACAAGCAUGAGCAUGUUUUUUUCAGCAUCCAUGUUAACAGAUAAGAGCUUUCAUACUGCAUGCAGAAGCAGCGUGUCAGCGCGAGAUGUGAGCGUCACUGAAAUAGCAGUGCUGCGAUAGUUUCAGCUCUGGGUCUAGUUUUUCCACACUGCUCACGCUCAAAGUGACAGUGCAUUGAUAAUGACCAAAAACACAUUGAAUGACAGUAAAAAGUAGCAAUUUUACCGAAUAAAUGCAUCGAUAAUAUCCACAGAUUUUUUAUACAUUGUCAAAUUAACUUAAACGAUUAAAACGGCAAUAAAUAUUUAUUUAGGCCUGAACUACAAACACAAAUUUAAAAAAAAUUUAGUAUUGCUUAAGUUUCACACUAGUUUGAUCAUGUAUAAAUCUCAUUAUAACUAUGUAUAUUGUAUAAAUAUUAUUAUAACUAUAGGCCUACAUCAUCCUGGUCCCGGUUAAGGAAACAGCAUAGGAGGAAGUUGCCGUGGGCCUUGGUUCAGAUAAAAAGUUCGAAAACAAAUGUGUAUUUGAAGUAUUUUUACUUCAAAUUGACAGUCAGGCUUACAUAAAUUCGCUACAUGUUUUAUCAUUAUUUUAUAUGGUAUAACCAAUUGUUUCCAAGAUAUUCAUCAAGUUUAAUCUUUGAAAAGAAGGCUUAACAUAAAGCAUUGCUUCUCCACAAUGUCAGUGGAUCCCAAUGAGAUUGUUUCUCUACAUCUUUAUUUCUAUAGCUGUGGUCCGAACUGAUGUUUUUCAUUUAGAGUGAUGUCUUUAUCGUUAUCAUGCUUGGUGCAAAUGGGCCUUAAUAGCACAUUCACGGCAGUCAUAUCUUAAAUGUUCUACCCAAGAAAAAAGAAGAAAGUCUUGCAUCAGACAGAGGUUGAGUUUAGCCGAAAAUUAAUGUUUUUACAUGAACUAUCCAUUUCAAUGGAGUUGAUGGUUUAGAUUGAAAGUGUGACUUUAGUAUAAGACGCUAGUUAAUACAGUAUAUUAAGAAUUUAUAAACUUUAAACAGGUAACUGAUACUUUUAUGGUUCGUUAUAUAGCAAGAAUAGAUUUGAUUUGUUAGUCGAAAGUAUUGGUUGUAUCACCAUCAUAGCACUUUCUCAGUAUAGAAUAAACUGUGUUCUGUAUUAAAUGCAAUCCUAGCAUAUAAGCUACAUUUGAGGAAUAAAGAUAUCAGCAGCAGACAUUUUUAUUUACACAAUUUCAGCAGAUUCACUGACACCUAUUAGCAAAUUCUAUCAAAUAAUUUGCUGUAAAUGAUAAUCUGAAGGUGCUCGUUGAGAAUUCACCCCAUCCUGUGACAUGGUGCAUAUCUCGUUGUAUGCGCAACAUAUUUCAAAGACUAUCUAAAUUUUUUAUACAGUUCUUAACGUGGCAGAAUCAUAAGAUUUAAAAAAACAUUCUGUUUUUCAUGCCUUUUAUUAAAACUACAAAAAGUUUCAACUUUUUGUAAAUAAUCGACAUGCAUGUGGCAGGUAAAUAUAUUUCAUCUUAGUAUUUUGCAAGACCCUUGUAUACCAUAAAUAUGAAUCAUAUAUUUAAUAUAGUACAUAAUUUUCUAUCAGAUAUUUGGCAUCAGUGUUCAACUGUUUGAUGCCUAUUAAUCUUUAGCUUGUCUUGUAUAGACAUUUUAGAUGUGACUCACUCUUAAGAUUUUGAGAAUUGUUUUAACCUUUUUUUUUGGCCAUGUCAUUUUGGUAAAACUUUUGAUUUGUUGAUUUGAAUGUGUAUUAAUUUGGCUAUGAUGACUGUUGGUUCUGUGUGUAUAUAACAGAGCUUCAGAAGCUCUGCAUUUCUGAGUUAAACUAGCGUUUGCCACAGAUAUUAAAAUUGAUCUUUUAAAUAAACCUGUAGACAACAUUGUGACAUGACCAUACAGCUGUUUAUUCUGCGUUUAUCACAGGAGAGAGAAAUGUGUUGGGCUUUCAUCUUAACAAGCUAUUUCUAACUUGGUUUAGAGGGAAAAAAAAGUAAACUCUGUCAUCGAUUACUUCUUAUCAUUCUGAAUCUGUGUGAAUAAUGUCCUGUAGCUGAACCAAAAAGUUGGUAUCUUAAACAGUCUGAGCAUCCGAAUUGUUAAUUAAAUGGACACAAUUAUCAUAAUACCUUACUGUAUGUUCCAGAGAAAAUGGAAGGAGGUUAGCGUUGACAUGAUUUUAAUUAAACGGUGACGGAGUUUUCAUUUUUAUGUGGACCAUUACAUCCACAAUCUUUCAGUGUCUGCUCCCAAAAUCAAUCAUUUGCUUCCAAGCACCAAAAACAUGAACCGACGACUAGUGAAUCAAGCUGAUGUUGUGUUAUAGGAGCUUACAGGUGUGUGUUCAUUACUGAGCAAAUAAAGAAAAACAUUUCAAAUCUA